AUGUUAGCCAGGGACUUCAAGCGUGUCGUCCUCAUCAUCGGCCCCUUUCUCUUUCUCGCCUACGUCGGCAUCCGAUGUCUCGACCUCGGGAGCUCCGCUCCGGGUCCCAACCGCUGGUUCGAUCACGUCUUAUCAACGAAUUGGAGAUUGAAUGACGGGCUCAAGCCGUUCUCGCAACCGCCGAACUCGGCCGCACCUACACAGUCACAAGCCGCGUUCGCGGCCUCUCCACCGCCCUCGGCUCCAACAGAAGUGACAACCCAUCACGAAAUAGUCUCGUCGUCUACCAUUGACAAAAACUUCUUCCCGAUCCUUUUCGGCGAACUGGAAGCUAUCAAUCCCAAUAUCUUGCCCCACCCCACUCUGGACAACACUUUUAUCGUUGUGGCGCAGAAGAGAAAGGCAGACGACAACACCGUCGAGCAUGUCGAGCUCGUUUGCAACGCCGUCUUCACAUCAGAGGGCCUCACCUGCGUCGACGUACCGACUGCCCUGCCCAUCGCCGCUACCACGAGCGGAGACGACAAGUGCCCCCCCAAACUAGCCUACAUCGCCCUGAACGUUGGACCGCACGAUGCCCGCGUCUUCUACGGCCCCAAGGCCCCGUUCAUCGUGUUUGGCUCCAACUCAUUGUUCGCGUGCUUUGGACAGUUCAUGCAGGACUUCCGCACGCUCGGCGACUGGGACUUUGAGAUGUCGCCCGACAUGGGCUUCGGCCGUGGCACGGAGCUGCAACGUCCGGCGCCGUGGGGAACGAUGGAGAAGAACUGGUUCACCUUCUGGGACGAGGAGGGUGCGAUUUACAUCCACCAGGACGUGGCGCCGAAACGGGUCUUUGCCAAACUGAACGCAGACGGCUCCGUGGGACCGGACAUCGCGCCAUUGGCAACCGGGGACAAGGCGUGCCUGAGCAAGUACAUGCCGAAGCUGCCGCCAGAUCUGGAGUCGAUACACCAGGCGACCAACUCCCUCAGCGUCUCGUUCUGCAAGCGGAGCGACCCGACCUGUAAGGCCACCAGCGACAACACGUUCAUCAUCACGGUGUUCCAGCACAAGACGUUCUACCGCUUCCACAGCGAGUACGAACCGUACGUCAUGGUGUUCCGACAAAGGGCGCCGUUUGAAGUGUUCGCGGUGUCGAAGAAGCCCUUGUGGAUCCGUGGCCGGGAGAAGAGGCUUGAUGGGAGCUCCGAAAUGUUUUACGUAACGUCUAUGAGCUGGAAGAGGAAGGAUCAGAGAUACCAUGGUUUCUUGGACGAUGUGCUCUUCCUGUCCUUCGGAAUAGAAGACCAGCGGACGGGGGCCAUCGACGUCCUCGCGGAGGACCUGCUGGCCGAGCUUGGAACCUGCCUAGAGGUAUAG